AUGGGUACACAUUUGCUAAUCCGUAACAUUCAACAAAUUCAUUUUGCAGCUGAGCUCAAGGCGCUAAGAUUUGACAAGAAACUUAAUUCGUCAAGUAAGCUACACUCAUUAAAUCCGUUUAUCGACUCAUUUGGGCUUCUUCGUGUUGGAGGACGUCUGCAAAAUUCUUUAUUGGACUUUGAAGCAAAACAUCCACCUUUGUUGCCAAAACAUCAUCCGGUCACAAACGCAAUAAUUGACCACUUUCAUCGCAAAUAUCUACACGCUGGACCGCAGAGCGUACUGGCUUCAAUUCGGCAGAAAUAUUGGCCAAUUGGCGGACGCAAGACUGUUGCUAGCGUUAUAAGUAAAUGCAUUCGUUGCUUCCGUUUGAAACCAAUCAUCUAUGAGCACAUCAUGGGAAGCCUUCCAGCCGACAGGGUUCAGGCUAACAGAACAUUUUUCACCACUGGCAUCGACUAUUGUGGACCAUUUUACUACAAGUCGGAAGUUCGCACCAGGCCACCCAUCAAAUGCUACAUAUGCGUUUUUGUCUGCUUCAGCACGAAGGCUUGUCAUCUGGAGCUUACUCAGGACCUUUCAACAUCAUCGUUUUUGGCAGCUUUGAAAAGAUUUAUUUGCACAAGAGGCAAACCGCACACCAUUUGGUCGGACAAUGCAACGAACUUCGUUGGCGCUAAAAACGAGUUGCAAGAGUUAAGUCAAUUGUUCUCAAGCAAUUCCCAUAACACUGAAGUCACUAAUCAAUGCAACUUGGAAGGCAUCUCUUGGAAAUUUAUUCCGCCUCGUUCACCACAUUUUGGUGGAUUAUGGGAGGCGGCUGUUAAGUCAGCGAAAUUUCACUUUCUCCGCACUGUUGGCCUCUCAAUCCUGACAUUCGAAGAGCUUCGUACUCUUGUAUGUGAAAUCGGAGCAAUAGUUAACUCUCGUCCACUUUGUCCAAUUUCAGAGAAUCCAGAUGAUCUCAACGUGCUCACGCCGGCUCAUUUUCUCAUAGGUGCGCCAUUUACAUCCGUCGUUGAACCAGACGUAACCGGCCUCGAUAUCAGUCGCUUAAGCCGAUGGCAGCGUGUUUGUCAUAUGCAGCAGGUAUUUUGGAAAAGGUGGAGCAGUUCUUAUCUCUCACUGCUGCAAGAACGAGUUAAGUGGCGAAAAUCAACUGGGAUUGUUCAAGUUGGAAAUAUGGUCAUUUUGAAAGAAGAAAACCUUCCACCACUAAAAUGGCGACUAGGACGCAUGGAGAGUUUAAUUCGCGGCACCGAUGGUGUGGCUCGUAUCGCCAUCAUCUACACUGCCAAUGGAUUAGUCAAGCGAGCUGUGGGAAGAAUUGCUGUGCUCCCUAUUGAAACUGAAGCGGUUGGAAAAUUACACCUUCCAACGGGGGGAGGAUGUUCGCAGCAGCACUAA